AUGCCUGAUGAGAUUAGUUCGUCCUUAGACACCGAGGAAACGCCGCAAUGUAUGGGUUGCGGUCUUCCCAUCGAAGAAGGCAUCGCUUUCGGCGAAGGUAUAUGGCACGUCCAAUGUUUUCGGUGUGCCAAAUGUCGUAACCUGGUGGAACAUGACUCCAACCUGUUCUUGUUAUCCGACGGCAAUCCAAUAUGCGAGAAAUGCACGUACAAUUGCUGUGUUUGCAAAAAGCCUAUACUCGACGAGGCUAUCAUGACAGGAGAAGAGUCAUUUCACGUUGAAUGCUUUCGUUGCAGACAGUGUCGGUCGAAGAUCGAAGACUUGGUGUUUGCCAAAACAAAUCAGGCAUCUAUCUUCACUGAUAUCUGUUCAUUUCACCCAAAGAAAACAUUGGCAAGGCGAGCGAAAGAGAGAGAACAGGCAAGCCAUCAAACUCCGAUAUUGGAAAAAUCCCUGCCAUCGUUGCCUGCUGAAGCCGGACUAAGGCCAAACAUGCUCGAAAAUCCAAAUAACUUUGUCCAUCCGAAACGAUCAUUCGAACGUAACGCUACAGUCCCACUACCGUCCGACAUCCCGUCGGAGGUUACGGAUAAUGUACCGAAAGCCCAUACUCUUCCCGUAUCUUCGAACUCGGGAAUUAAUCGUCGCCACUCGCGGUUGUUCGAUCCAUCGGUAGUCGACAUGUUCAAACAAAAACCCACUUCUCCUACAUCCAAGUCGCCCGAACAAUUGAUCAAAUCCAACAACACUACACUCGAAAGAUUUGAUUCCUUGGGCGAUAAGGGUAAAGCUCGCGUCGAACCUUUGGAAUCUCCAAAGAAAACAAGCCUCUUCUCCAGGAGAAAUGAAUCGUCGGAUAGCUUAUCCAAGAUGACACCUAGGAAUCGGGAAAUUAUCGAAAACCAUUCGAGAAAUGCGUCGAUCACGAGUUCACGGAGUGAACCUUAUGAUGGCUCCGGGCGUACCUUUUCACUCACCAGUCAGCGUAGUGACAUAUCUGACCUUUGGUCAAGAAAGUUGCCCACUUCGAGUACACAUGAACGUGGCGAGGCGGACAACACGAACCGGAAACCGGGUUCCCUGUCGCGGAAAUUAAAGCCGUCGGCCAUUCAACAGAAUCAGCAAUCCUUGCCUCAUAUCGAGGAAUAUUCCAUAAACUUUCAAGUCACUCCACCGUUACCUAGCGAAAAUCCAUCUUUGCUCCACACACGUUCGAAUUCUCCUGCCACGCCACGUUCUAAUUCCCCAAUAAGUCCAAGAUUUCCAUCUUCUCCGGGCCACAAGGAUCAUCAUGGUAAUGGAGUAUCGAAUGUGGGCCCACCUGUGUUGCCUCCGUUGUCUUUUUUCAAUGAAGAAGAUGAUGACGACUUGAUUAGUUUGAUGUCUGAUGGAAAAUCGGAAACCAAUGACCAACAAAAAAAGCGUCAAACUUUGGUGGGCGAAUUGCCGAGUGACGAUAGUUCUAAAUUGCAGAGUGGUUCUGUGACGCCUGAUUUCAUUGAGAACUCGUCUAACAGUUCUCUGUCACCGGACAGAAAGAACAGUCAAUCAUCAUUAGCUUCUUUGUCCAGUCGGGAGAACGAGACGAUGGAACUCGAGGAUGUUCCGGUGGAAGAGCUGAGAAAGAUGUUGAUUGAAACGAGAAAGAAAUUGACCGAGGCGGAAAGCAAUUGCAGAAAGAUCAAGAGAGCCAGUCAGAAGACGCUUGAUGAAUUCAGUUUGAAGAAGGAAGAAUUUAAUAAUCAAGUUUCCUUACGCCAAAAGGCGGAGGUCACAAUUGAACAGUUGAAGGUACAAAUUGAACUUCAGAAUCAGAAGCUAGAGGCCGCUAGAUUAGAUAGGGAACAGAUUGAACAAAUGAUUCAGGAUUCUCGAACGUCGAAACAACAAUUGCAAGAAUUACAAAAUAGUCUGAAGGAAAUGAAUCUGCAAAAAGAAAUGAUGAUAAGUGAAAUCGAAUUAUUGGUCAGGGAACGGCAAGCAGGUCUUGCAGGAAACAUCACACCAAACGUAUCAAAAGAUCUUCCGGGUUCUUUGGCCAAGCAUUUGUCAUCUCAAUUCGAUGAGGUUAAACAGAAUUACCUUCUCGAGAUCAGAUCGCUUCAAGAAAAAAGGGACACAUUGAAACAGGAAACAGAACAACUUCAACGCACCAGAGAUCAGUAUGUUGAGGAGGUGGAAAACCUGAACACCAAAAACUUGGAACUCACCGAGGUAAACAAUGAACUGACACGCCAAGUGGAGUCACAAAACAAAGGCAAAUCCGCAAAUGGUUUCAACUUUUUCAAAAGUAAUCGACACUCGCCCGGUCACAAUCACACGCCCUCGGAUGCUUCAGGUGCUAACCAAAAAGGACACGUCAAACAACCAUCAUUGCACACCAUCGAUUCUGAUGUUCCCGAUGGUGCACCGAUUGUGUCUUUAACGAACGUCGCUCAUCGUAAUAGCAUUGGACGGGGUGCAACGCCGAAGAAAUUUAAGUGGAGAAAGGGUGGUAAAGUCCUAAACAAAAUAUUGGUGAACGCCAAUGCAGUGACUGAUGGGAUCUUGGGGUCCCUGGGAGCGGGAACGGAUGCGCAUAAGAAGAUGAAUCAACAAUUAAACCCUUCGCGAGCACACAAUUGGCAGUCAUUUUCGUUUUUGCGUCCCGUAAAUUGCGAGAAUUGUCAUGAAAAAAUAUGGAGUGAAGUGAAAUGUACAGGAUGCAAUAUCACAGUUCACGCAAAAUGCUCUAGCAUGAUUUCUCCCACGUGUGUCAGCAGUCGGGUAUCGUUCGAAACCGAUUCGGAUACCGUUGUGAAUGAAAAUAACGUUUCGAUCUUUGGAAAUGACUUGGUAAAACAAUCAGAAUUGGAAGGAGACGAAAUCCCGCUUGUGAUGAGAAAAUGUAUUACGGCUGUCGAGGUUCGGGGAAUGGAUCUCGAGGGCAUAUACCGAAAAUCGGGUGGCGCAUCACAGAUGCGUGGAAUAGUUACGGCUUUUGAAAAUGGUGACGAGAUUGACCUCGACGAUCCAGACCAGUUCAAUGAUAUAUGUGCAGUCACCAGUGUUCUCAAACAAUACCUGCGUGAAUUACCAAAUCCCUUGUUAACUUAUGAAUUAUACCCCAACUUUUUGGAGUCAAUUGGUUUGGAGAACGAAGAGGAGAAACUAGAAAAGUUCCGGCAACUCUUGCUUUGUCUUCCAAAAGCACAUUAUGAUGCGAUCAAGUACCUGAUGUUGCAUCUGGACAGGGUCAAACAACAAGAGGCCGAAAAUCUUAUGAGUGCCAAAAAUCUUUCGGUCGUAUUUGGUCCAACCUUACUUCGUGGACCAAAUCCUAAUACCGAAAUUCUCGAUAUGACCUACAAGAACGCCACGAUCGAAUUUAUCAUCGAGAAUGUUCAUGAAUUGUUUUCAGACACUUCCGACAGACGAAAAGACGGAUUCAUAUAA